UUCAGUUGCGUUUUUGACGCUGCACAGUUUGCAUCACGUGAGAAUAGGAAAAAAAGAAACGGUAACAACAUCAGCGCCAGCCAGCCCGUAGCAGCCACUAAGACAUUUUUGGUUUCUUCAUAGGCAACUCUUUUUCUGCUUUCCUUGAAUAUAAUUUUUUACUGCUGUUGUUGGUGUCGAAACAAACGAAACGAAAAAAAAAAUCAAAUAAAAACAAGUUAACAAAGUGAUGAGAUUUAGAAUUGGGCGAUUUUUGGAUUAGCGUCGAACUAAACGGAAAAUUUUAAUACUGCAACAACGUUACUUGUGAUCAACAGUGGAAAAAUUAAGUGCUAAUGAAAAAAUUGUGAUUUAUUUUUACCAACAAUUCUCAUCUGUGAAUCAAUCAACAUUUUAUAUAUAUAUAUAAAUACAUACCUAUGUAUAUUUUUUAAUUCAAAGAGAGAAAGCCAAACAAACAAAAACAACAAGGAAAUUCCAUUCAUACAAUCAUUUAGCAACAACAACCACAACAACAACAAAAAUAAUAGUAACAACAGCACUACCAUCCUUAAAGCAACACCAUAAGUUUCAAAGAAAAAGCAAAACAACAACAAAAACAUCACAUAUACUCUACUGACUCGUUUUUUUUUUGUUUAUCAAACAGUUGGAAAUUGAAAGAAUAAUUGGCAAUAUUGGCCGAUAAUACUGCUUUACCAACAUUAUCCUUAACCGACUGGGCAAAAAAACAAAACGAUAAACCCCAAAAUAGUAACAAGAACAAAAAUUGUGAUCACUUUGGAGAGUAGCAUAGAAACAACUGAAGAAGACGAAGAAGAAGAAGCAAAGGUUUCACAUCACUUUUGGUCAUCCUGAUAUGUCGGAGGGUUUAAAGACGCUCCUCAAAGCUGCUCAAUUCAUUGAGCAGCAGGAGAAAUUGAAGCUGUCACCACAAUCAGCUGCUAUACCGGCACUACUCGAAGAAUACCCGUCACAGCGUUUCAUAGUUCAUGCCUUUGAUACAGCCGCUGCGUCAGAAGUGACCAAUGGCGGUGGUGUUAGUAACGUUGUUGCUCAUUUGAGGAACAGCAUGAACAGCAAUAUCCUCAGUACGAACAACAACAAACACAAUAACAGCAUAAAUAUUCGAAACUCCAACAUACGGCAUGGUGGUGGCAAUUUACAAGUAUCAUCAUCGGCGCCGGCAGCUGCGGCCACGUUUCAACACGUUAAUGGUCAUCACACCAAUAACAGCCCCACCCACCAUCAUCAGCAUCCCCACGUUACCGCAACGGUAUUAAGCAAUGGUACAAAUAGUGCAACAAGCAACGGUCAUCAUCACCAUCCCCACCUUCUAAACAGUCAAUUAAUACACGCCAACCAUCAUGAUUACGAAUUUAAUGGCAAUGGCGGUGUAACGGUAGUAGCCACAACCGCAGUGGGGCCAAUGAAUGGUGGUGACGCCGGCACACCACCACCUUCAACUGUGGCGGCGGCACCAUCUGCAUCCUUAAAUGGCAGGUCCAGUGAAGGUCGCAUGUCAGGACCUAAUUGGUGGAAAACCCCCAGCUGAUAUUUUACAAAUAUUUCCAAUCAUGGGUCUGUUGGCGUACUUGUGCAGUAAAAAACCAACUUUAAUCACCUACAUAAAACUGCUGGUUUACAUAAACCAUUUGUCAGAGGCUGCAAUUGCUGCUGUAGAAAAAUCUCCAUCGGAAAGUUACAGCUUCUUAAUUACAAAACUCUCAAUAUUUUCUUGAUAGAAGUAUCGAUAUGAGUUUUAGUUAAAAUUUGUGAAACAUUUCAAGUACGCGAACGCACAUACUGUCAAUAUAUGUUAACUUUCGGCGUAAGGUGGUCACCAACUAGGUGCCCUAGAUGUCUUAUGUUGCUUCAUAUCAUACCUCUGUCCUUGUACAUAACGCAAUUCGUUAACCAUAUUAACAGCAAAUUUCAAAUUACUACUCGUCAUUGGUGGCUCCAAAUAAGCUUGUGUUUAAUGUUGAAAGCAAGGCGUAUAUAUUAAAAAUUAAUCGAGGUUUCUUGGUUGAAAGUAAAUAAAAAAUAAGACAUUUUUAUAAAAUAUCAAAAAAUUGUUAACAAAAUAUUUUUUAUAAAAUAGGUAAAGCGUCGAGUAUAGCUUUCAUCCGCAAGCCACAUGAAGUAAAGUGCCCAGCUUUGCUAAGGCAAAUCGAAUAAGAAUUGCGGUCUCCAGGGGCUGAAGAAAUACAAUCGAGAGAUCAGAUUGUAUAGGAUUGGACCGAUUUGGACCGAUUUGAGCCAUUUACAAUACCAACUGACCUACACCAAGUAGUGUAGCUUAACCCCUUCGUAAGUUUGCGUGAUUUUGACAUGGAGACAGAAGAAUAUGGCUGAAUCGAUAAAUGUCAAAACGACCCAGAAUAUAUAUUAACUUUGUACACUCAGAGACAUGUGUUAGUAAAAAUAGCAAAAAUGGUUGCUGUAACAGCAGAAAGUCUGCUGAAAAUUUGGCAGCAGUAAUUUUUUGCUAAAACAGAAAACAUUUUCUGUUGUUUACUAAUUUCUCUGGGUGUAUGG